AGAAUGAAAUGAAGCAAGAAAGCACAACAACUGCUGCAUUUUGACAACAGCGUUCAGAAGCGGUCUAAUAUUUUAACUGUAAAUGUCACUAUGAAGAGAUGAGCUGUCGGUGAAUUCGUAGGUUUUUCUACAUUUGCAUCUUUCAGUCUCUGGUUCAGAAACCUAUCUUGAUUAUGUUGUAGCUUAGCAACGUCAGAGGGAAGCUAAAUAUCGAGACAGCGGUCUUUUUGGUCGAUUAUCGGCUUUACUGAAAGGCUUUUACUUCUGUUUGGUGUUUUCAUCUGACGGUGUUAUGAGUUACGCGUAUGGCGGUGGAGGUGGUGGUGGUGGUGGUGGUGGGAGAAGAGGCAGAAGAGGAGGUCGAGGGCACAGAGAUGGAAGUAGAGAGAGGUGGGACAGAGGAGGUAGAGGAGGCUCAAGAGGACACAGUUCUGACUUUGACCCGGACCGAGGAGGUGGAGGAGGAGGAGGAGGUGGUGGUGGUGAAGGUGGACAACGGGACCGACCUCCUCCACACCUGAAAGGCCGAGAGAUUGGUCUGUGGUACGCAAGAUACGGAGCUGUGAGGAGGAAACAAGCUGACCGGAGAUCGCGGGCGGUGGUCCAGAUGGAUGAGGCCAGAGAGCAGCACAUUACCAAGCUGCUAAACUCCGUCCAGAAUGAUCAGCACGGUCCAAGGAAAGACGGCAGCGGUGCAAGAGCCUCUUCUUCUAGCAACUGGCAGACUACUCCCAGCAGUAGUAGUGGUCAUUGUUACUUUGAUGGGGACAAUCCUGAAGAGGAUAAAGUUAAGGUUGAGAUCAAAUCUGAAUCAGAGGAAGAAGAAAUUGAUCAAGGCCAGAAGACAACUAAUCCCAAAUCACGACGUUACUUCUCGAAUGCAGCCACAAAAGAUGAACCUCCAGAAAACUGGGAUGAGGAAGAGCAGUUGCAGCUGGAGGAGGAGAGAGAGAAACGGAGAAGUCAAGAUAAGGAUCUGGAGUUCUUAUUUCAUGACAUCGUCAGAGACAAUGCAUUAGACAACUCCCUUAAGGAAGAUAUGCAGAACAAAACAUCAGAUCCAAAGUACAGAGAAUUUCUGAAAUUUAGGGAGAAACUUCCAUCCUAUGGGAAAAAAAAGGAGCUGGUGGAGCUGAUCAGAGCGAACCGUGUUCUGGUUGUGAGUGGAGAAACAGGAUGUGGAAAGACGACUCAGGUCACCCAAUUCAUCCUUGACGACUAUAUAAACAGAGGCAUGGGCUCGAUGUGUCGUGUGGUCUGUACACAGCCUCGACGCAUCAGUGCCAUCUCGGUGGCAGAGCGUGUCUCAGCAGAGAGGGCAGAGAGUAUCGGCAAUGGAAACUCUUGUGGAUACCAAAUCCGUCUUCAGAGACGGUUACCACGGCGACAAGGUUCAAUCCUGUACUGUACAACAGGAAUUAUACUUCAGUGGCUUCGCUCAGACCCAUUGCUGUCCAGUAUCAGCCACCUCGUGUUGGACGAGAUCCACGAGCGAAACCUGCAGUCUGACGUGUUGCUCGUCAUCGUGAAGGAGCUACUCGGCCUCCGAGAAGAUCUCAAAGUGAUCCUCAUGAGUGCCACGCUCAACGCAGAAAAGUUCUCUAGAUAUUUUGACAACUGCCCAAUGAUUCACAUCCCCGGUUUGACGUUCCCAGUGGAAGAAUUCCUGCUUGAGGACGUCGUGGAGAUGACGAGGUAUCGCCCCCAGUCUAAGGACCAACGCUCCUCAUGGAAGAAACGCUUUUGGCAAGGGCGAAACUCCAGACCUGAAAAGGAAGAGAAGGAGGUUGAAUACCAAGACAGCUGGCCUGCUUAUGAACGCACACUGCACGGCAGGUACUCUGAUAGCACCAUCAGCGCAGUGGAGUUGUUGGACGGCGAUGAUAAGAUUGACUUGGGGCUGAUCCUGGCACUGAUUCGUCAUAUUGUGCUCAAAGAUGAGGAAGGAGCAAUCCUGGUCUUCCUGCCCGGCUGGGACAACAUCAGCAGCCUCAAUGACCUGCUCAUGGCUGAGCAGAUGUUCCGAUCAGACCGGUUUGUUAUCAUCCCCCUGCACUCCCUCAUGCCAACCGUUAAUCAGACGCAGGUGUUCAAAAAGCCUCCUCCAGGAGUUCGAAAGAUUGUUAUUGCUACCAAUAUAGCUGAGACCAGCAUCACCAUCGAUGACGUUGUCUAUGUGAUAGAUGGUGGUAAGAUUAAGGAGACCAACUUUGACACCAACAACAACAUCAGCACCAUGACAGCAGAGUGGGUUAGCCUCGCCAAUGCCAAACAGAGGAAAGGACGUGCGGGCAGAGUGCGUCCAGGGAAGUGCUAUCAUCUGUACAACGGUCUCAGGGCCAGCCUGCUGGAUGCCUAUCAAUUACCUGAAAUUAUGAGGACGCCACUGGAGGAGCUCUGUCUGCAGAUCAAGAUAUUAAAGCUGGGGUCCAUAGCUCAGUUCUUGGCAAAAGCCCUGGACCCUCCCACUGAGCAGGCGGUAUCCCUAGCCAUCAAAAGCCUCUUAGACCUGAACGCCCUGGACAACGAAGAGAAUCUGACACCUCUGGGUUUCCACCUGGCCCGUCUACCUGUGGAGCCUCACAUCGGCAAACUCAUCCUGUUUGGAGCCCUGCUGGGCUGCCUCGACCCCGUGCUCACCAUCGCUGCUUCACUCAGCUUCAAAGACCCCUUCUUCAUCCCACUGGGUAAAGAAAAGAUGGCCGACAUGAGGAGAAAGGUCCUUUCCAAGAACUCCAAGAGUGACCACCUCACUAUACUCAACGCCUUCCAGGGCUGGGAGGAAGCCAAACGGCGUGGUGCCAGGUAUGAGAGGGAGUACUGCUGGGACAACUUCCUGUCUGCCAAUACACUCCAGAUGCUGAACAACAUGAAGGGUCAGUUUGCUGAGCAUCUAAUGCAUACAGGCUUCGUCAGCAGCAAGGAUCCCAGAGACCCUAAAUCCAAUGUCAACUCGGAUAAUGAAAAGUUAAUCAAGGCGGUGAUUGUUGCUGGACUAUACCCAAAGGUGGCCAUGAUCAAACCCUCCCACAGCAGAAAGAGGCCAGGGGUUAAGGUGUACACCCAGGCUGAUGGAAAGGUGUGCAUCCACCCCAAAUCUGUCAAUGCUGAAGAGACCGAGUUCAACUAUAAGUGGCUCAUCUACCACCUGAAGAUGAGAACAAGCAGUAUCUUCCUGUACGAUUGCACCGAGGUGUCCCCGUUCUCCCUCCUGUUCUUCGGAGGAAACAUCACGAUCCAGACAGAGGAGGACCAGGAGACCAUCGCGGUGGACAAGUGGAUCGUCUUCAGAUCGCCAGCGCGCAUCGCUCACCUCGUCAAAAGUUUAAAGAGAGAGCUGGAUUCACUGCUAGAGGAGAAGAUCCGUAGCCCUGCUCCUGUGGACUGGCAGAACCGUCAGUCCAAAGACUGCGCUGUCAUCACAGCCAUCAUAGACCUCAUCACCACGCAGGAGAAGCCGUCAGGCAGCGCUCAGGGCUACGACAGACCGUGGGCGUCUGCCCCCAGAGGACAUCACACUUACUUUAAUGACAAAGAUGAUGAAGAUGACGACGAUUAAUAGAUAUGACCGGCUCAGAGCCUCGGAAAAGACUGAAGGCCAAACCCAAGAUUAAAGCGUUCUGGAUACUGCACUUAAACCACUCCCAAUGUAAUUUUUUAUUUUUCCUAUCUGGUCAGAUCAUGUAAGGACCAAUCCACGUUUGAAAACACCCAGUAGCUGCUUUCUUUCUUUUUUGUUUAAGCAAUGUCACUUACUGGACUGCAUGAUAAAUAAAGGAUGUUCCGUCAGA